AUGAGUGUCCCAACCAGUGUCCAGGGACUGAGGGUCAGUGUUGACAGAGGAGACAAGAUUGGAAACAAAACCCAGAUCCAGUUCCCCCAGUCUGGGGAUGAUAAUGCCAAUCAAUUAUCUUUGAUUGGUGAUCAAAAAGGAAGAGCACUGAUAGAGGACACGGGGUACAGCACAAGUUCCAUUCCUCCUUUAGUUUCUCAGAGUGAAUCCCCCGACAAGCUAGUGAUCUGGGGCUCUGAGCAGCAAUGCGUGGAGCCUGAGCUCAGAGAGUUUGAACUUCUGGAUUGUCAGGAGAUACAUACAUUCUUGGGAAACAGGGAUCAGGAGGAGGAGAAUGAGGAGGAAGAUGAUGGAGGAAGUGUGAGAGAUGGAAAAGAUGAGGGUCCCAUGUCCAUAUCCUCCAGUUCAACUGCCAGCUCUGCUUCGAUCGGCGUAAGGAGAAAUGACAACGACAGCAACAAAGCGGAGAGCAGAAUACAGAGGGGCAGAGAGGUGCAGAAAAGGAUCGCCUGUCAUAGCACUGAAGAGCUAGACACAUGUGUGACAGGCUCAAUAGAGAAAAGGGACACAAGGUCAGGCAGGGAGAGGCGGAAGGGAGGUCUGAAGGAGUCCAAGUCUGAGACAAAUGUGUUUGUCUCCAGUUUGUCAGCCGUGUCGCUCAGCGGGAGCUUGUCAAGUGCUCUGGAUACUAGUGGAGAAGCGCAGUCCCCCAUCUCUCUGUCCAACUCCAAGACCCACCCUUAUCCAAAUGCUAACAACACUACCUCAGCCCAGACCAAGAGAAGGGAAGUCCCUGUAGAUGCCAACCAGAACUCUGCAUCAGUGCAUCCUCAGGAGAAACAUGACCGUUCUCAAUUCUACAGCCAGGAUCAGAGACAGAAGGAGGGAAGCAAUCACAGAAAUGGACUGUCAUCUGAUGUGGGGCUGGGCCAAAGGAGGAAGGCCGGGUUUGAGGAGAGGGUUCUGCCCCCACGACGACAACAGCUCGUCAGACCCCUCUGUCAGACAGAGAUGGGAAGAGCAAGGAGCUUAGUAGACCCCGGUGCUCAUCCAGCUGAGACAGGGCAGCCCACUUCUCCCAGCCACACUCCAGAUUCAUACAGGAAUGGGUCAAACAGAACAUUUACAAAAUCAUCUUUACGUGAACCAUCGGAUUUCUCACAUCUGUACAACACAUCUGCAGUUUCCCAGCCCAGACAGCCCAACCAGGCAGCCCAAAGGGAGGUUCCGCCUGUGGAAAAACAGCCAGCUGCAGCCCCACAGCAUAGUUCCAGUCCAUCCAACCCUUCCACCUUAGAGAAGAGACCCCAGACUCAGCUCACAUACAGAAGGAAUUGCUCCAGUCCCAACAGGACCGGGGUUGAUUCCAGGUCAUCUACCCCUCCCCACUCCCCUCUCAGGACACCCCAGGGCUCACCACGCAGGCAACCUUCCAUGUACCUCGUUUCCAGAAAUGUCUCUGGAGUGGUUAGACACAUCCCAUCAGGAUGCAACCCUGCUGUAACAACGUCAGCUCAGGGCUAUGGCAACAGUUGCUUGAGAGCACCAGUCAAAACUAAUAUAAGCACAAGUGGAAUCCCCAAAGCGCCUCUUAACAACCAGCAGAGCUCCCCCCACUCUAACCACAACUCCAGCCCCAAAGAGAGCUCCCCAUCACCUAAACUCAAACCUAAAGGAGUUCGCCCUAAAAUCAUCACCUAUGUCCGAAAGAAUCCUCAGUUUAAGCCCCAAGCUGCUGACGGACCUUAUCAGGUAUCCUCUCUACCAUCCAGGCUCUCAGCGUACACACAUGGCCAAACACCCACUUCCUUCAAAGGCACCCCUAAAGACGCCUCCAAGCCUGAUACGGAAACCAGAGGAGCCCCAGUACUCAUUGCCUCCAAUCUGCUGUAUGACAAGUACCGCCAAGAGGUGCAGACAAGUAUCUUUCCAUCAGGCAUGCUGAGCAGGGGUAUCAGGCCCCCAGGACACACAAACACUGUUCCCCCUGCACACACACAUGCUGCUCCACAUGCACACACGCACAGCCAUACAGCACCACCGAAACUGGGCAGCAAAGCAGACAACUUCUACGGGCCGCCGUCAGAGGUGGGAAGAUCUGCCGGUUUUAAAGGGAGCUCUGCUGAGGACACGCCGCAGCCCCGGGCAGCUGCUCAGGCUGGAGGGAGCAGCAGUCUCCUGCGCUCUGGCAGAGGUCUGCGUCUGGGCCUGGGAGCUGUCACCAGGUCGGCUACGGGCACGGCCAAGGGCAGAGGACCUGGUCAAGAUCACCAGGUUUUCACCCAACACUCUCCAGCUCCUCCUCCUGCUGCUCCAACAGCAGCAGCCCAGGCCCAGGCCGCGGCCUCCAGGUCUCUGCUUCCCAAAGCAAGCCAAUCAGGCCUACGGCCCCCAGGCUUCAGCUCUAGCCGUCUCCCCGCAAGCCGACUGGCGGCCUUUGGCUUCGUCAGAAGCUCCAGCGUGUCCUCCGUCUCCUCGGCUCACUCUGCUGACAGCACACAGAGUGACCCCUGCAGGACAGCUCACCGUCUAAGCGCGAGUGAGGAGCCUCCUCUCCACAGAGUUACCACCAGCCCUCCAUCGACAGAACACCAGAGAGGUGCACCAUGCCGCAGCAACAGUCUCCAGCCGCCCUCCACCCCGGCUCUGCCUCGGCGAUUCCUGCCUCCCCAGCCAAGAAGCUCCCCUGGAGGCGUGAGGAAGGAGUUUCAGCGUUCAGAGGUCACACGUUCCCUCCCGUCCUCCCCGAAGAGGCUGGCGGUGGUUCCUCCUAAACCUCAGUCUCCAGUCCAGUCUGGGCAGAGGCCCGCAGCUGCAGUGCGAGGGUCGGUUCCCCCGGGGUCCCCUCGCCGUGUGGCCCCCCUGAGGCUGCAGCAGGAACAGCAGGAAAGCCUGCAGAGAGAGAAAGAGGAGGCUCAGCAGAAAGAGAGAGAAAGGCAAGCAGAGGAGAGAGAAAAAGAGGAGCAACGAGAGGAGGUUCAGAGGCUGCAGGGACGCUGUGAGCAGCAGGAGAGGCAGCUGAGAGCUCUAAGGGAAGAACUAAGGAAGACUUCCUUAGGCCUAGAAACCUUCAUCAUUACCACUCAGCACUACUGUCUCAAGAAUAAAACUGCGGAAGAAAAUCAGAGGAAACUGUCCAUGGAAAUGCAGAAGAUCAGAGAGGAAAUGGCAUCUAACUCGGUGCGAUGGGAGAGACUCCAGCGGGAAAAGUCAGCACUGGAGGUGGCGUUUGAGCGAGAGCUGCAGGAGCUGCAGCUGCAGCAGGAGGCGGAGCUGGCUGCUGUGGAGGAGGGGCUUAGAAAGUGUCACUCCGCAGAGACAGAACACCUGAGGGUGGAGCAUCGGUCAGAGAUGGAGGAGCUUAGGACUCAGCAACAGGAACAGGUGGAGGAGAUGACAGUCAGCCACCAGGCAGCCAUUCAGGAGCUCAGAGACAUGCAUAACAUCACCAUGGCAACACUGCACGAGGAGCACGCCCGUACCAUGAGAGACUUAAGAAAGGCUCAUGAGCAACAGAAGAUGCUUCUAGAGGAGGACUUUGAGAAGCUCAGGCUUUCUCUACAGGACCAAGUGGAUACUCUCACAUUUCAAAAUCAGAGUCUGAGGGACAAAGCCAAACGUUUUGAGGAGGCUUUGAGAAAGAGCACGGACGAACAGAUAGUUGAUGCUUUGGCUCCAUAUCAGCACAUUGAGCAAGAUCUGAAGAGCCUGAAGGAGGUUGUGGAAAUGAAGAACCAGCAGAUACACCAGCAAGAGAAGAAGAUCUCUGACCUGGAGAAAGUGCAGGCCCAAAAAAACGUGUUGCUCGAGGAGAAGGUCCAGGUUCUGCAGCAGCAGAAUGAAGAUCUGAGGACGCGUAUUGACAUGAACCUAGCCCUGUCCAGGCAACUAUCAGAGGAGAAUGCCAACCUCCAGGAGUCUGUCGAGAAGGAGAGCACUGAGAAGAAGCGUCUGAGUCGGAACAACGAGGAGCUGCUGUGGCGUCUCCAGACCAGUCCCCUCAUGUCCCCCGCCUCCUCCCCACUGCACCGCUCUUUCUCUACCUCCCCUGUCCCCUCAUCCCCAUUCUUCUCCUCCUCACCUGUAGCAGGGUGCGACUCCCCCACUCACUGCCACGGCUGUCCCCAGCAAGUUCAGUACUCCUCCCCCUCCCACAGAGCCACCACCAAUCAAAAUCUCUCCCCAGGACCAGCCACACCCUCUCACAGAGCAGCGAGCAAUCAGAAUUACUCCCCCGGCCCGGCCACACCCACACAUAGAGCAUCCAACCGCUGUAACUCAACCGCUAGUCUUAACUCUUUACAGAGAUAA